GGCCAUCAAGCAGGACUCAUCUCAUUCCAAGAAAUUGUGCGAUGCAGCGAGACAUCGAGAUGUCUGCAGUGGAGGAUCGUCUCCCUGACCGGGUCGCACUCCGCGCCCCUGCACAAGAAUCCAUCGAUGUAGAGGUUGGAAGGAUAAGAGAGGUGGAAUCUUCCGAAGAGACGUGCUGGUCCAAGGCCUGUCCCAAUUGUAGACCUGCCUUUCAAGAAGGCUUUGAGCUAUCAGCCUGUUCGGCGGGCUGCACCUGUGGAUGGCUUUGCUUACCAAUCCACCUGGCCUUUGGCUGUUGUAAGGGUCUUCUUUGUGGCCGUCUCCGGCGGCAUUUUCCAGAAUGGAGUUGGAGUUACUACAUCGGAUUGCAGAUCAUGAAGAGCUUGGCGUCGAAUGUGCCGUAUCGGAACCUCUACGCCGUUCAGGUGUUGACCGAUGCGCCGAUGCCAACGCCCAUCAUUCCGCCGGAGCUCACGGUGCGUCAGGUCUCUGAAGGAAAUGUCCGCGGUGAGUGGACCGAACCAACGAAGCUGCAAACAGCCAAGACGCUCGUCUACUUUCAUGGUGGCGCUUUUGUUCUGUGCCGCGCGCGGACCGAGCGCAUGAUUGUGGGGAAUCUCGUCAAAGCUUUGGGAGGCUGUCGCGCCUUCAACGUGGAUUACCCGAAGCCACCUCACAGUCCUUUCCCGGCUGCCCUGGAGAACGCAUUGGAAGUCUGGGAUUGGCUCCUCGCACAAGGCAUCCGCCCAGAGGAUGUGGUGGUGUCUGGCGACAGUGCCGGGGGGAACCUCGCAUUGUCAUUGCUCUUCCGGCUGCAGGCCAGAGGUUCGUCCAUGCCGGCCGGGGCGGUGCUGCUAAGCCCAUGGGUGGAGAUGCUGCCCUUUUCGUCCCCAUCCUGGACAGACAAUGCGCCUUAUGACUACAUUGGUCAGAGAUCCAUGAUGGAGCAAUUCGUUUCGAUGUACACAUCAGGCGCCAGUCAUUCCGACCCCUUGGUGGCCCCGCUGCACGCGAGCACGCAGCAGCUGAGCGCGCUGCCGCCGCUGUGGAUCUCGGUGGGCGGGGCGGAGAUGCUGCGCAGCUCCAUCGAAGGCUUCGCCUUUCGUGCCCAUCAGGCCAACUGCGAGGUUCGUCUCUAUGUGGGCCCUGGUAUGCCGCAUGUCUACCAGCUUUGCUUUUGGGCCUAUCGGCCGCCGAAUGCCAACUUGCUUCCUCGCUGCUGUUGGAGCUGCCGGUACCUUUGCCCUGCAACCUGCACACGCGAGGACCCAGGCCCAGUUUGGGAACCCAUGGAGCAAGCCAGACAUUUCGUUUGGUCUCGCAAAGUCUGGGGUUGAGAAGCUAUUUCCCUGCAACGGUUUGGUGUCUCCAGCUGGUCCAGACUGCACAGAUGGUAGGUCCAGAGCUGAGUUAUAUUUUUGUUGUAAUCACUCAGGGAAUGGAGCACUAUGUAAGAAGCUAAUUCUGGUGGCAUUGCUUAGUCUUGGACCAAUGGCACCACAACAGUGGCCGGGUAUUGAUACCUGGCAUUUGCCAAGCUGCCGUGCUGCACAUGUGUGUUUCCAGAUGAAGCACAUCAUGUUCUACCUCGUCCAUUCUCCUCUUACUUAUUUGCCUGAGGCUCUGUGUGCCUUCCGGCUGCAAACUUUAAAUAGCCAGAGACUCUUUAUUGUAUUUUAUUGUGAGUUGUGACUAAGAACCUUUGGAAGAGCC